AACUAAACGUCAAUUCGUCACGAAGACAAUCACGAAAUCACGAAUUUGUGCAAGUGGUGAGCAAAGUAAAUGAUGGGAAAGCAAGCAAAGUGAAAUUGUUGUUUUUGCAGUGUUUUGUUAAAUAUACGUUUGUGUUCGUUUUAUAUCAAGAUACUUUGCGUGAACAUUGUUGUGUAGGAAAUCUACGUGAUUAUGUGUACAAUAUGCGCAGAGUGUUGAUUACGAAUGACAUCUGUUAACAAAAGGAAAACAGUAAUUUAGAGACGUUGUAAAUCUUAAAUCAGAAUGAGCUCGACGGACACCAUCAACGUAACGGCUCAACCAAUAUCGGAUGUAAUCACGGAGGUCCCCCACGAUAAGGGCAUGUUCCUCCAGACCCCUGGCGCACAGGGUAUCGCCGGCAUCUUCGUGUUUGCCGCGCUAUUCAUUACUUGCCAACAGAUUUACCAGCACCUCCGCUGGUACACGAAUCCCUCGGAGCAGCGCUGGAUAGUGCGCAUCCUGUUCAUCGUACCAAUAUACGGGUGCUACAGCUGGAUCUCGCUGCUCUUCUUCAAUGGAAACUCCUACUAUGUAUACUUCUUCACCGUACGGGAUUGUUAUGAAGCAUUCGUGAUCUACAGUUUUCUGUCGCUAUGCUACGAGUACCUAGGCGGAGAGGGCAACAUUAUGUCGGAGCUGCGCGGGCGGCCCGUGCGCGCGUCCUGCGUCAACGGGACCUGCUGCCUCAGUGGCGCCACCUACACCAUCGGCUUCCUCCGUUUCUGCAAGCAGGCCACGCUUCAGUUCUGUCUCAUUAAGCCCGUCUGCGCUUUCAUUAUUAUAUUCCUACAGGCCCGAGGUCUGUACCACGACGGCGACUGGAGCCCCGACGGCGGCUACAUCUACAUCACCAUCGUGUACAACUUCUCCGUCAGCUUGGCGCUAUACGGCCUGUUCCUCUUCCUCGGAGCCACCAGGGAGAUGCUCAAACCCUUCGAUCCGGUACUCAAGUUCUUCACCGUCAAAUCCGUUAUUUUCCUCUCGUUUUGGCAAGGUGUAGCCCUAGCCAUCCUCGAGAAGGCUGAAGUGAUAUCUCCGAUCCACGACGCGAACGGCGUGCCGACCACGGCGGGUACAGUGUCUGCCGGGUACCAGAACUUCCUGAUCUGCCUGGAGAUGCUGGCGGCCGCCAUUGCCCUGCGCUACGCCUUCCCCGCCGCCGUGUAUGCGCACGCGCACCGUGACCCACACCGCUCCGUCACUAUGCAGUCCAUCUCUAGUAGCCUCAAGGAGACGAUGAAUCCCAAGGACAUAAUGACGGACGCGUUCCACAACUUCCACCCUCAGUACCAGCAGUACACGCAGUACAGCUCGGUAAUGCGGGCGGGCGCAGGCGCAGGCAAGCGCGAGGAGGGCGGGGCCCUGGCGCCGCGCCCCCCGCCGCAGCGCGUGGCCACCAUCAGCCACGCCACCAACUACCACGAGAAGACCACGCUACUCAGUUCUGAUGAUGAGUUCCAGUGAGCACCAAUAAGCAUCAAGACGUCUCCUCGACCAGCCCCACAAACUCAACGAUACGAGGUACUAUCAACUCUAACACAACACUAUAAAGUCUACUUUCUAUUGUGAAUUAACACCUUUUUACAUUAGCGACCUGUCUCAAUAACCUAUCGAUGGAUUUUGAUACUUGACAUCUACAGAAUAAGUUUCAAUAUUCUCUACCUGUAGGUAAGUUAUUGAAACUGGUCGUUCAAAAUUGAACUAAGACUGCGAAGGUAUAAGGUUGACUUUUAAGUGAUGAAUGAGGUUUUAUCUCGUGUCGUUGGCGUUGCUAUUGACAGUUCAUUGUUGUUAUUCGACCAGUGUCCAACCUCUUAAUGGUUUAAGAGACUUGGACCAAAUAUUUGUAAGAAAAAUGCAUUUACGUUAUAAUAAAUUAUAUUGAUCUUGGUAUAUUUGCAUUUAUAAGCAGAAUACUAAAUUACAAAUCAAUGCUUUUACUAACCAAGUAAUUAGACUCAGGAUUGUAUUAACUUUUUAAAGGCAAAAGGAAUAGUAAAUUGAACGUAAUCUCGUCGAAUAACAACUCAAUUAACUGCGUAAAGAAAUUAGGAACGAAAGCUAAUUGAAAUAAAGUUCAUUUUAAAAGAUAAAGAAUAUAUUUUUAUGUAUCACUUGGAGUCCUUUACCACUUUUAACGCGUAAUGUUGUAAAUGCCUGGCCCAUAGCAAUACCUUUGUUAACAAUAUUCAGAAUGAUAUAAUAAAGAAAUAAAUAAAAUUAUAAUAGAAAUGGAAAGCUUUACUCAACUCGGUGUUAUAUGGAAUAGUCAUUAAGUUUCGGUUGUAUUCUCAAUUAUUAGUUCAAUCCGGCAUUUAAUUUAAGUUAUGAAUUAAGUUUUAUGUUGUUUGUUGUUAUUUAAUAAAGAAAUUCGAAAUUUUUGUGUUGGAAUAUUAAGGGAAGCGUCCAAAGGCCCGCAUCGCACUCAUUCCGUAUGACGUCAUCAGUACGCAUCGCAUGUAGGCAUUGCUGAUAAUGCGGUCCGUACGAUGCGGAUCAGUGGAUGCAGUUGUGUAAUUGUUUGUUACAAGACAAAUUAAAAUCCGUUGCGUGCGGUGCGUGCGAUACGUACGAUGCGGGUCUGUGGACUCGUACCUUUAAGCAAAUAAUUUAGUAUAUACAACACACAGAUUCCUUUUUCGGAAGUCCUUAUUGAAUUUGUUGUAAACACACUACCUAUUUUGAUAAUAAGAUUACCAGAGGCUUUACUUGUAGUAAAAUUAUAUAGUAUAAGUUAUAUGCCUUGACUUAUAGAGGUACGGUACGGCAACACGGCGACAACGGCUCGACAUAGGAACAUAAGAUGUAUAGUUUGUAACAUAAGUAAAGCAACAAUUGAUACAUUACAAAUUGUACAGGUAAAAAGGAAUUAUUAUUCUAUAAAUAGCUAUUAUAAUAUCGCUGUAAGGGCUGAAGGAAAAUGAACGUUAUUCUCUUGAUAAUAGAGCACGGAAUCAUGGAGCUAUCUUACUAAAUUUUCAAACUAUAUAGACCAUUCACGAUGUCCUUUGGAUGUGCCUUUUGCCAAAUUAAAUCCGCAUCUAAAUGAAAAUAGUCGUUAUUGUUAUGCUUUUAAAAGCUAUUUUUCUUCUUAAGACUUAAUGUGCAAGCGAAUCUUUUGCUGUUCAAUGUUAUGCACAAAACUAAAACAUUCCUUCUUGCCAAAUACCAAAGAAUCACUGCCAAAGAAAUUACCUAUUUUUGUGAAAUAAAUCCUAAAAUUGCAGUGUUAAAGUUCAUAUUGUAUUGGAUUAAGCAUUAGUCGAUGCUUACCUCUGCUUCGCCGUCCAAAUUGCUUAGGCUCCGAAGUUUAAUAAAAUUGUUGCCCUUACAUAGUCGAUCUAUACAUAAUUCUUAUUUUCGUUAGCAGAAUUUGAUGUAAGGAUGUGGUUACACUGAGCCAAGUUACGUUCCAACUUCUGGACAAAGUCAGUCUGUCAAGAUUAUAAAAAAUAUCGACAAUUCUUGCUGAGUGUAACCAUACCCUAAUAAUUUGGUAGUUGGUUAACCCUUAUUUAAGAAUGACUUAAUUAUUAUUUUAUGUGUUAAAUGUAUUUUAACGUAAUUGUUGUUAUGUUGUCAUUUUGUGUAAUAAUGUAUUAAAUUAAUAUUUUAAAUUAGAUUAGUGACUACUGUAUGAGUAUGUAUUUAUUUUAUUUAUUAAACUGUAAGUAUAUUAUUCCUACCUUCACUUUAAUGUAAAUAACACUUUACCAAAAUACCUAUUUAAUGAUAUUUGUUUGCGUAAGAAUGAGUUUCUUGUAGAGUCCUCUUAAUUUCAAAAUCUUUAGUCAAUUACCUUCCCUUUUCUAGGUAUAAUCCUGUAUUAGAUCAUAUAAAGAGUCACUAUUUACUAGAAUAAAUUAAAUAUAUUCAUUAAACUAUAGAAUUGAAAGAAGUAUUGUUCAACUCUAUAAUUAAAUGGGUAUGUAUAAAAGAAAAUAGAAAUAAGGCUUGCGUUCUUCAUAGAAGUGUAAUAACCAUGAAGCAAAUACAAAGAGGAGAUAUCAUAACUUUGUUUCUACUUUAACAUAAUGCGUGCCACUACGGGGAGCGCGAGACGUUACAAACCACGCUUCUAUUUUCCAUCUAGCGGUCUGGUACUAAAAAUGUUGCCAAUUGACCACUUUCUGGGGGCAUAUAACCUAUCUACACCUUUAAAUAUCAUUGGGCAGGGCCGUUGUGUUACAGUGCACAAUCAUAUUAUGACAUCUUCUCUUUGUAAUUGCUUUAUGAUAACAACGGAGCCUUUACUAAUAUUUGUUUAUAACAUAGCUAGCUAAAUGAAUAGUACAAAUGAAAUUCUAAAUCCUUUCUCCAUCCUUUGCUUUGAAUGCAUUAUGUUAUUAAGUUGUAGUCUUUGUAUGAUCUAACAGUGGAGUUUUAACAUAUUAUAUGUGACAUAGGCCAAUUUGUAACAUAAGAGGCUUUCUUUUCUCUAACGAAAGAAUUAUUUUUGUAACAGAAAGUAGGACCGUUAGAACACGUAUCGCCUGAAUGAUUGUUGAAAAGAAAUAUUAACAUGAAGUAACGUUAGAUAUUUUAUUAAUUAAAAACUGUUUUAGCUCCAAGUUUUUAAGUAUAUGUAUAAAUAAAUAAUGAUAUUGAUAUAACA